AUGUAUGUAGACAGGCAGGUUAGUGUGAAUGUGUUUGCCGACCGGUACGGUGGUGCCGUAUAUCUGUUUGACCGAGACUGUUCCGUACAGCGGCGCCAUCAAAAGAUCAUUGAGGAGGCUCCCGCUCCCGGACUGUCCGAGGAGUUUCACAGCUGCCAUAUCAGCCUUGUGGCAAUGACCCACAUACGCACACACACACGCCUAACCCCUCUCCCUUUCCUCCUCUCCCUACCCGAGGCCAUCACGGGCCAGGACCUGGUGGAGUGGCAGCUGCGGGUGGCGGCGGGGCAGGCGCUGCCCCGAAACCAGGACCAGCUGGCGGUGGGGGGACACGCGAUCGAGGCACGCAUAUACGCGGAGAGCCCCAGGAACAAUUUCCUGCCUGGCGCCGGAACCGUACGGCGAUGGCGUACACCUGCCGCUGCUGUUUCCUUCAGCAAUGCACCCCUGCGGGUGGAUAGCGGUGUACGGGAGGUGAGGGCGACGCGGUGGGCACCUUCUCGACCCCAUGAUCGCCAACUGGUGGUGCACGGACCCGACCGCUGUACGGCACUGAAGGCCAUGGAGGAGGCGCUGCGAAACACACAGGCAGGAGGAUAG